UGCCGGCGUGCGCGUACUGCGAAAUGUUCACGUCGCUGCUGGACGUCCGGCAGGCCAUCGGCGCGGAGAGGAAGCUCAUCGGACACUUGAGGACCUACAUCCACGCGGAGUGGGACAGGCUGCAAGACAUCAGGCGUUCAUGUAUCUUGGGGCCUCGUUCACUGGAUGAAGAGGCUGGGGAGAGGGAAGUCUGGGCGUCCCUGCUCAAGCUAUUGCCCCCCGCGACCCCGACCUCGGAUAAGUUGGAGAAGUUGAAUGGUUGGAUCGAUGGAAAAUAAAAGCCACAUUGAAAUGUUAUUUGUUACCAUGUGGAAGUAAUUGUGACCUCAUGGUGAAAAGGGGUUUUAGUGUUAGAAGGUAUUUGAGGAUGUCGGAAAUGAUGACGACUUGAUGAUGCUAACAGUGGCUCGUCAUGACUCACGGGCGCGCGCGCGCGCGCACGCGUACACACAGGUUUUAUGCCAAAGUGUCGAGCGUGCACAACGAGCUGAACGGAGGCCCGUCCGACGGCGUGGCGAACCCGCUGCUGGCCUUCACGCUCAUCAAGCGCCUGCACGCAGACUGGCUCAACGUCGUCUACAGCGACCGGGCGUCGGAUAACGCGCAAGCCCUCAGGUGGAGUUUGGAGCAGGAAGAAGACAACUUGCCCAAAGGGGAGGACGUGCGGGGGGCGGCCCGGGGCCUGAUGAGGCUGCAGGACGUCUACGCGCUCCACGUGGCCAGCCUGGCCGCCGGGCGCUUCCGGCGGGCCAGCGGAGGCCGGCUGGUGGACGUCUACACGCCGGCCGCGGUCGCGCCGCUGUCUGCCGACGACUGCCUUCUGCUGGGGAAGGUGGCCUACGAUCAGGGGGACUACUACCACUCGGUCCCGUGGCUGCGGGAGUCCGUGGAGCUCUUCAGGCGUUCGGGAGGCCGCCGGAGCCCUGAGAACGGAGGCACUCUGGAGGACGCGUUGGACCACCUGGCCUUCUCGCACUUCCAAACCGGAAACAUCUCCCGCGCUCUCAGCCUGUCUCAGGAGCUGCUGCAUCACGAUCCGACGAACGGAAGGGUUUCGCAGAACGUGGCGAAGUACGAGAAGCUGCUGGCGGCGAGGGCGCCCGUGUCGCCGGGCAGACCCGCCAGCAAAUAUCUGAGGACCCGGGACGCUUACGAGAGACUUUGCCAGACGCCGGGACCGCAGCCGACGCGGGCGGACGACGGCCGAUUGUUCUGCGACUAUUUCACCAACGGGAGCCCGGCGCUGCGGCUGCUGCCCGCCAGACGCGAAGUGCUGAGUCUGCGUCCUCGCGUGGUCCUCUACCACGACUUCGUCACCGAGCGCGAGUCCGAAAGUAUCAAGAACCUGGCGCGGACCGGAUUGAGAAGAUCGGUGGUGGCAGCGGGAGAGAAACAAGCGACGGCAGAUUAUCGCAUCAGCAAGAGGGCGUGCGAACCACGUCAAUAUGUUGCUGAUCAUUCCAGCGCGUGGCUGAAGGACUCGGCGCACGCCACCGUCGGCAAGCUGGACCGGAGGAUCGCCACGGUUACGGGCCUGGACGUGACGCACCCGUUUGGCGAGCACCUCCAAGUGGUCAAUUACGGCAUCGGCGGCCAUUACGAGCCUCACUUUGAUCACGCCACGUCGCCGUCCAGUCCCGUGUUCAGGCUGAACACGGGCAAUCGGGUGGCCACCUUCAUGAUAUACCUCAGCUCCGUGGAGGCGGGCGGCUCCACGGCGUUCAUCUACGGCAACUUCAGCGUUCCCGUCGUGAAGAACUCUGCCAUCUUCUGGUGGAAUCUGCACCGAAACGGCGGCGGGGACGACGACACGCUGCAUGCUGGCUGUCCUGUGCUCGUUGGAGACAAAUGGGUGGCCAACAAGUGGAUCCACGAGUACGGCCAAGAGUUCCGCCGCGGCUGCGGCCUGAAUCGUGAGGAGUGAGGAGGCAGACGCCAGUGUUUACGCCGGGACCGUCGCGAUCGUGAGGCACACGUGCAGGCUGCGCGCAACGAGGCCGAACCGGAAGGCGCGUAACGACCCGCUUUGAGGAUCGGGCGUCCGAGGGGACCUCCGGAGACCGAGUGCUGGACGGGCCGGUUGCCGCAGAUGGACUCAAAGCAGACAACGCUGCCGGUUUCACUUAGUCGACGCUUUGCCCGCAGCGAGAAGCCAUCCGAUACGCAGCUGCGUCUCUUGGCAAUGAGUUCGAUGUCACGAGAACAACGCUGCCCAGCUCACUUUUUUUUUUUGUUGUCAGGCAGGGAGUCUUGUGCCUAGAUCUUAUGUUACCAUAAUAAACACUGGAAAAAAACACCAAUAGUUGUAGUUUUGCUUUGUGGAGCUGACCAAAUGAAUCUUGGAUCCCACUUCUGACACCAAAUGUCGUGGCAAAAGUUUUUUCUUCGUAAUAAACACUUUUUGUUGUUUUGAGAAGCUGACUGAAUCUUGGAUCCCACGUCUGAGACCAAAUGUCGUGGCACUAUAUAUAUAUAUAUAUAUAUAUAUAUAUAUAUAUAUAUAUCCUUGGAUCCCAUUUCUGGCCACAAUUUAUGUGGAUUUCUGUACUGUAAUAAAUACUGAGAAACACCUACAGUAUUCUUUUUGUAUUUUGUAGAGCUGACCAAAUCUUGGAUCCUGCUUCUGACACAGAUUACCCAAAUAAACAGAAAAACACAAGAGUAUUCUUUUGGUUGUUUUGUGGGACUCUCAUCCAACUUGUGACACCAAAUGUCAUGGCAAAAGUUUUUUUUUUAUUAUUAUUGUAAUAAACGCUGUGAAACAACAAUAGUUUUGUUGUUUUGAGAAGCUGACCGAAUCUUUGAUCCCAUGUCUGACACCAAAUGUCGUGGAAAUAUAUAUUUGUUUGUAUGUGCCCUGCGAUUGGCUGGCAACCAGUUCGGGGUGUACCCCGCCUCCUGCCCAGUGGUGGCUGGGAUGGGCUCCAGCGCUCCCGCGACCCUUGUGAGGAUAAGCGGCGUAGAAAAUGGAUGGAUGGAUAUUAAUAUUACUGCAAAAAAAACACUGGGAAACACCAAUAGUAUUCCUUCUGUUGUUCUGUGAGGCUGGUCAAUCCUUGGAUCCCACUUCUGGCACCUAUUUAUGUGUCUUUUUUUUUUUUUACUGUAAUAAAUACUGGGAAACAGCAA